AUGUCAUAUGAAGAAGUCGGAGUUGAUAAUUUAAUACUACUGGAAACUGUUACUCCUAAAGAAAUAGUAAAUAAUUUGCGACUACGUUUUGAAAAAGACAUUAUAUAUACUUAUAUUGGUGCAGUUCUAGUUUCAAUGAACCCAUAUAAAAAUAUUGGAGUAUAUUCUGAACAAGUUGUAAAUAAUUACCGGACUAUGAACUUGGCUGAACUGCCGCCGCAUAUAUUCGCUUUAUCCGAUAAUGCCUACAAAGCUCUUAUUAAUAAUAAUGUAAAUCAAAGUGUUUUGAUAUCUGGUGAAUCGGGUGCCGGAAAAACUGAAGCUUUAAAAAGAAUUAUCCUUUAUAUAUCCAAAGCUAGUCAUCAAUCAACUGAAGUGGAGAGAGUUUGUUAUCAACUUAAAGAAAGUGUACCAUUUUUAGAAGCUUUUGGAAAUGCCAAAACUAUUAGAAAUGAUAACUCAAGCAGAUUUGGGAAAUACAUGGAUAUCGAAAUAAAUUUUAGAGGUGCGAUAGUUGGGGCAAAAGUUAUAAAUUAUCUCUUAGAAAAGGCCAGAGUGAUAAAACAAGCUAAAGCGGAGAGAAAUUUUCAUAUAUUUUAUCAGCUUUUAGCGGGUGAUGCAGAACUUUUACAAAAAUUAUAUCUUAAUAAGCCCAAAGAUCAGUAUUGUCUAAUAAACCAGGGAGCUUGCAUGAAAGUCGAUAAAAUAGAUGAUAAAGAAGAUUUUGAUCAAAAUGUUAAAGCAAUGGAAGUUAAAAAAUUUUAUAACAAAUCUCAAGCUAUAAACUCAAGAGAUUCGUUAAUAAAGGCAAUGUAUGAAAGAUGUUUCAAUUGGCUAGUCAAAAGAAUAAACGUAACUCUUUCAGGAGUUGAAAUUAAAGCCCCGACAAAAAUCGGUCUUUUAGACAUUUAUGGAUUUGAAAUCUUUGAAAAAAAUGGAUUCGAACAAUUCUGUAUAAAUUUUUGCAAUGAGCAUCUACAUCAAUUAUUUAUACAAAGAACAUUAAAAAUGGAACAAGAAGAGUAUUUGAAAGAAGGUAUAGCGUGGGAAAAAGUGGACUUUUUUGACAAUAGGCCUAUAUUGGAUUUAAUCGAAGAAAAUAAAAAAGGCAUCAUAUACGUUUUAGACGAAGAGUGUGUAAUGCCUGGAGAAAGAACCGAUAUGACAUUUUUACAUAGCCUUGAGAGUAGACAAGGUGCGAACCAAUUUUUUGCAACUUAUACCUCCUGUACAGAUGCGGCGCUAAAAAAGACAUUAAAUAAAGAUACAUUCCUAAUCAAGCAUUAUGCUGGACAUGUGAAAUAUAGCGUUGACAAUUUUCUAGAAAAAAAUAAAGAUUCCAUUGUCAAAGAUCUUAAAAUUUUUAUGAAUUCUAAUGAGAAUAUUAUACUUAAAAAUUUUUAUACUCAAGAAGAAAUUGACGAAGCAAAGAGACCUCCAUCUGCAGGAAUGCAAUUCAAAUCUAGUUUAUCGAGAUUGGUAGCUGUUUUGAUGCAAGAGGAGUUAUACUAUAUAAGAUGCUUGAAACCGAAUGAAGAUAAGAAAGCUGGUUAUUUCAAUGAGAUAAAUGUAGAGCAUCAAGUUAUGUAUUUAGGGUUAAUGGAAAAUAUUAGAGUAUGUCGCUCUGGAUAUGCUUAUCGAAAGCAAUAUGAGCUAUUUUUAAAAAGAUACUAUCCAUUAUCGAAAACAUCUUGGCCGACAUAUAGUGGAGACGUUAAAGAAAAUGUUUUGAAUAUUCUAAAAUCUGUUUCAAAUUUUGAAGAAACAAAACAUUAUGGAGUUGGUAAAACAAAGAUAUUUAUAAGAAAUGCCAAAGAUGUAAUGCUAAUUGAGCAAUGCUAUCAAAAAAGGAGAAGUUUGCUGGUGGCUGACAUCCAAGCUGUUUUUAAAGCUCACCGACAAAAAAAAAUUUAUCAUAAAAUUAGGGGAGCAAUUAUUGUUGUGCAAAAGCAUAUAAGAAGAUAUUUGGCUAAAAAGAAGCGAAGAAGAUUGAAAUGGGCAAACCUUGUUAUAAAGGGAUUUGUGAUAGGGUAUCGUCAUUAUAAAAAAGCUAUAACUUCACCUGAAUCUGCAAAAUUUUUUAAGUUUCAAAGAUAUGCAUUUUUAUCCAGAAUAGCCAAAAGCUGCCCUAUAAAUGUAUUGCACAAAAAAUGGCCCACAAUCCCUGCAAUUUUUAACAAGUCGUUAGCAAUAUUAAAAAACGCUUGUUAUCGAAAUUUGGUCAAAAAAUAUAUGAAUAGUAUAAAACCUGGAGACCCUAAAGACUUGUAUCUCCAAAAAUUAACAAUGGAAAAAUUGGCCAGAGAAAAGGAAAUUCAAGAAAAAGAAGAGGCUGAAAGAAUCAGGAGAGAGAAAUUAGGUCUACCCCCCGAAAGAAAAAGUAGAAAAAGUAGAAAAAGCCUCUUCGGAGAAGAUAUUGUGAUGCCCGUAGAUGAAGAUGAAUUUGAGGAAUGUGAAGUGUGGGAGGAAGGAGAAGAAUAUUUUGUGGAUCAAUAUGGAAAUGAAAUACAUAUACCGCCUGAAAUAGAAUCUCAAAGUCUCACAAUUCCUAAUGUGACUAAGAAAAAAAGAAGAAAGAAGAUAAAAGGGGGUACAAAUAUACCAGGAAAGUUGGCUUGGCAAUACGUUUUGCAAGCUAUGAUUUCAACAUAUGAGGGAAUUGAGUUUGAUGAAGAUAAACUUAUGAUUGAAGAUGAAGAGUUAAAACAAUGGGUUCAAAAAAGAUGCAGAGAAAUCAAAGCGAAGGGAAAUAAAUAUAUAAAUAAGAUAAAAGAUCUUCUGGAUAUUGCAAUGUUAUCGGAAGAAGAACGUAACCCUCCUAUUACAAUACAAACUUUUCAACACAUAUUUACAAUGGAAUUUAAGCAAAAGGCACUCUCCGAUAAUACAGAUAAAUAUGAUGAUCCAAAUCAAUAUCAUGAAUUGAAAGAUAAUAUUAAUUAUAAUAGGCGCAUUUCUGAAUAUUCAGUUCGAAUAAACAAAGAUCAUGACCCAAGAACAGGCAUAAUAAAUAACCCAUCAAUUAAUAUUCAAGCAUAUCCUAUAUUACUUAGUGAAUUCCAUUUUAAACCUAAUAAGGAAAUAGUUUACAUAGAUGUUAUGAAUAAUUAUCAUUAUAAUCUUUUAACAAAACAAAAAAUGUAUAAAGGAUUGGAAUUAGAUUUAAUAAGUCGCAGUUUAAUUUUAUUAUUAACUCAAUAUCCUUAUGCUAAUAGAAGAUAUAUAAAAUGGCGAAAUGAACUUGAAUAUCAUCAAUUGGAUAAGCAUAACACUGAAAAUUCACAUCAUAAUAAAUUCAAUGAAGAAUCAAAAUUGGGUUCAUUAUAUUUUUUGGAAAAAAAGAAAAAUGAAUAUGACGAAAUAGAUGAAAACUCGAAUGAUAGUAUACUCCAUAAACCCCAAUCUCAAAAAUCCCCUUUUACUAUUGUUGGUCUCAAAGAAAGCAAUUCCACGAACGUUGGUAGAUAUUGCGAAGGAUAUUCAUCAGAAGAAACUAUUGCUUUAUCUUUAACUAAAAGUAUGAGCAUAGUAUCACAGGAAAAUAUACAUUCCAAUGAAAGACUAUAUUUAAAUUUUGGAGAUAAUGAAUCUUUAAUCCCUCUAAAAUAUUUUAAAGAAUCUUUCAAUGGUUACUUAUUGGCUCUUGAUACGGAUUCAAAAUCUAGGGAAAAUAUACUGAGAAAAAGUAUUUCAAGAUCAAAAUCUUUUGCCUGUAAUUUGAAUGAAAUUUCAACCAUUAAUAGUUCUCAUGAACAUGAAACCAUUUGGCCCCCAAAACAGAACUCAGAUUUAUCUUCCUAUAUGAGUAUGACAGAUACAAGUUCUUCUCGAAUUUCGAAUAAUACUCAAAUUUCUCAAAAUUCUUUUGAUUUUAAGGAUCAAGUUUCUUUUCAAGAUUUAAACAUUAAUAAAAAUUAUACAAGAUGUAGUUCAAAUUUUGAAAAUGUUAAUAAACAGAAUUUCAAAGAUUGCAGUUAUCAAAAAUAUAAUGAUUUCACUCAAAAGGAUUAUAUAACAUCAGAUGACUCACAAAAUUUAUCUGCUAGUAAAGGAAUAUCAAGAAAAGCAAAUAUUACAUCAAAUACUAUAAGUACAAAUGAAUCUUAUAAAAAUGGGGAAAAAGAUGAAUGGGAUUUUAUAACUAAAACGAUAACAUCACGAAGAAAGUACAUAAAAAAAUCUACGACUAGCGAGAGUUUUUAUUAA